AUGUCAGACACAGAAUUUGAAAACAAUCAAUUCACCAAAACACUAUCAAACUCACCAUCCACCAUAUUGACCAACCCAAUUUCAAUUCUCCCACAAUCCACCACACCUGUUAAUCCACCAACCGGCACGCCACAGAGUCCCAACACCAUAGAUACAACUCCAACUUCCACCCAAACCAGUACCCUAAUCGUGUCUCCAACCGCCAUCCCAUCCACACCCAAAUACACCUUCACCCUAACAUCCCCAACCACAUCCCAAGCAAUCACACCACAAAAUCCACAAAAUCCACAAACACACCAAACCACCAACACAUCCCAAGCACCUAUCACUCCCACCAACACACACCACACAACCACCAUAUUCAACAAACUUGUUGAACUCAACCACCGCAAAAAUGACCAUCAACGACAAUUGACCAUCCUCAACAAGCACAGGACAAACCACACAGCACCAGCUGGUCUUAACAUCAAUGUACAACCUUGGGUCCAGUUGUCACCAAAGCUCAAGGAAGCAUGGGACACUGGCAUUCGGGACUGCAUGUCCCACCUCACAAACAUCCUGCACCAACACCACUCGGGGGAAUCAUCAAAAAUUGAUGCACAAAUUUCAUCACUCUCCACAGACCUAAACGACAAUCUCCCACAAGGGUUGUCGAGCACACUUAUCCACAUUGCAAGCACCCACAAACCACCAUCCAACCACAAACCACCAUCGAAACGCAAAAUAACACCCAAACCAAACACCAAAAAUCAAUCAAAACGCCCUAAAACCACAGCAACCACCACACCACCUACCCGGAAUCCUGAAAAGCAGGUUUUUCAGAAAAGACCACAUAACCACCAACACAGGGGACCAUCACCUGCCACACCCAAACCACCACUACUGGUACCACCUCCACCCAGCAACCACGCACCACCACGCCCACCAAUGACCACAAUUCCACCUCUAGCAAGUAUCAUGCACUCAUCCAUCAAGCAACAGCUGAAGGGGAAAGAAACACAGUUCCCCACAAUUUACAACAUGUUCAUGAAAGGAAAGCAAUAA